CACAACUUUACUAGAUAUUUAACUGUCGCAGGGCUGCUUUUUUUUGUCACAUUAGAUUUGAGCUGCUACAUAAGGAAUUUUUAACUUCUAACUUUAUCUAGAAAGCUUAAAACAGAUAGCAGACAAAGUGAUCCUAAGGAAAGCAUGCACGUUGUUUAACCUGUGACCUUAGCCCUACUUCACCGGCCACCGGUAUGUUUCCCUUAGACUCGCCGUGGAACAUCUCGUUUGCAGGCUGUGGCUUCCUCGGGAUCUACCACGUCGGUGUGGCCAGCUGUCUGCUGGAAGAGGCUCCUUUCCUGGUGCAGAACGCCAGGCACGUAUAUGGGGCAUCAGCUGGAGCUCUCACCGCCACUGCGCUGGUCACUGGGGUGUGUCUUGGGGAGGCUGGUGCAAGCAUCAUCGAUGUUGCCAAAGAGGCGAGGAAGCGGUUCCUCGGACCCAUGCAUCCUUCAUUUAACCUGGUGAAGAUUGUGCGUCACAUGCUGCGGCGUACUCUGCCACCUGACUGCCACCUUAUUGCCAACGAGCGGUUGGAAUCUCUUACCCGAGUGACGGAUGGAGAAAAUGUCUUGGUGUCACACUUCAACAGCAAGGAGGAGCUGGUGCAGGCGUGUGUCUGCAGCGCCUACAUCCCAGUGUAUUGUGGCUUCAUUCCUCCCACACUGCAAGGAGUGCGAUACGUCGACGGAGGAAUCUCAGACAACCUGCCUCAGUAUGAGCUGAAAAAUACCAUCACUGUGUCCCCGUUCUCCGGAGAGAGCGACAUCUGCCCCCGAGACACCUCCGCCAACAUACACGAGCUGCGAUUCACCAACACAAGCAUCCAGUUCACUCUCACCAACCUCUACAGAGUCUCCAGGGCACUUUUCCCUCCGGACCCAAUGGUUAUGAAGACCAUGUGUAAACAGGGAUAUAAAGAUGCUCUGCACUUUUUAAAGAGGAAUGGAUUGCUUUAUUUCAACGGACCUCGCAGAGAGCUGGCGCUGCUGGGUAAUGGUGAAGAAAAUGAAGACUGUGAUGAGGAGGAGGAGGAGGAGGAGGAGGAAAAUGCAAGUGAUGAAGACGAGGAAAAUCCAAAACUGGAAGAGGGAGCAGUCAUGGUUCGUCGCAGUUCAUUAAUAGAGGAGCAUAUCAUCCAACACCUUCCACCGAUUCUGCACCAAGCUCUAGUUGAGGCCUGCAUGGAGAGGAGGAGCCUGAUGCAGUCGCUAAGCAACCUGCUUCCUGUCAGAAUGGCCUCAGCCAUGAUGCUCCCCUACACGCUGCCUCUGGAGUCGGCGGUGUCCAUGACUCUCAGACUUCUGGAGUGGCUGCCAGAUGUGCAAGAAGAUGUUGGAUGGAUUCGAGAUCAGCUGUUAAAAGUCCUACAGCAUGUUGUUUGCCAGGCCUCCAAAAACAUUUCCCGGAAUGUUUCUGCCAAGUUUUACUGGCAGCUGGAGCUUCACCACUACCAGUCCCUCCCAUCCGCCAUCAGCUCCACCAGCCUGUUUCCCAACUGGGUUAAUGAAAGCAGUUCUUCAGUUCUGGAUGUCUUCAUGCGUCUGGACCAGUACAAGAAGCAGCUGCUGUCGGGGAUGCUGUGCAUCAACAUGGACCUGCAAGGCUCCUUCAAAACUGGACUAAUGUCACCAGACAAGAGUCCUCCCUCCAGCUUGUCCCCUGAAGGCCUCACAAUGGUUGUGGUUGAUAUUCCACCUGCGGUCGACUCUGGAGAACCCUGACAGGUUUCUGAGAGGUUCAGAUUCAGAUUUUAACAUUUGUUUAAACCCUGUAAUUUAAUUUUUUUUUUUAGAUGCCAGGAAGACAUUUGUAAUCAAAGAGCCCUUUUGUAUAGUUGUUGGAAAUGUUAAUAAUUUACCAUAUUUACAAUUAUUGUGUUAAAUAUUUUUGACUUAUGCAUGACACUGAAAUAAGUCUUUAACUGCAUUAUAAACAGGCAAGCCCAUAGACACUGUGCUGUAGGUCUACAGAUGGACAUUUAAACUCAGCAAAUGUGCUCAAACAUGUACAAAUUCCUGGACGUUUCGUACCUGAAGUAGCAUUUUUAAAAUAGGUGAAUGUUAAUGUUUUUGUGGAAUGUAGUCGGACUUGUAGUCAAGUACAGUGUUCCUCCUGCAUCCCGUUAUGAGCUCUGAGUCACUUUUGACCAUUGGAUGUACCAAUCUGUUUGUUACAGGUAGUAACUCCAUUUAUUGAUGCAAGUGUCAAUGCAGUAUUCUGAAAAAAUGUUGGCUUUAUGAUACUUGGUUUGUAUGAAUGUCAAUGUAUUGUAAAUUUACAGGUAUUUAUAUGAAAAAUACAAAAACAGCUCUGCUCUGUUCACCCAAUCAUAGAACAGUGUUUUUAUCAUCUUGAUUUACUCACGUGUGAAUUUAGAUUUCAUUUAAAAUCUACACAGUAUUGAAUUUCUGCUUAAAAAUCCAAAAAUUACAUUUAAUGCUAACAGUAAAUUAAAAAAAGAUUCUAUUUCAAUUUCAAUAUCAAAGAAUUUAAUCUGAAUUGUACUUUGAGUUAACUAGAUAAUAACCUACAUGUUAUACUGUGUAGUACAAUAAAUUCUAACUGUUGUGCUUUGAACUUCAAUUAAAUAAUUGUUAGGUGAAUCUAGCACAUUGUCAAAAUGUUGAAGGGAAUAACAUUUAUGUUAUCUUUGAAUAAACUGAGAUUGUUUAACAUUGA